AUGAUCAAUAAUUCUAAACAUGACGGAUCCGUACCAGAAAAUUGUUUUUGUUCCGUAUGUAAUGUUCGUAGGAAUAUAAAAAAAAAAUCUCGACCAUUUGAUAUCCACAAAGAACGUAAUACAAUUUCAUCAGAUGGAAUUAAAGAACGGCGGUGUCCUAUAAUAGAUCGUUUAAAAACUGUUCGUACCAACUUGCAUCAAAGAAUGAAUCAUAGUUCGGGAAAACUUUUAAAAUUAAACCCAUAUUUAGUUUUGGAUACUGAUCCUACAUUAGUCAAUUUAAACUAUUCAAAUCCAUUAUCCAGAUACCCUCGUUCAUUUGGGACUGUAAUAGAAAAUGGUUUUUGCCCCGUAUGUAAUGUACAUAUAAAUAGAAUAAAAAGAUCUCGACUACCUAUUUAACAAAUAGUAACACGUAACAACUUACAUCAACCAAUGGAUUACAGUUCAGAAAAAUUUUUAAAAUUCAAUCCCUUUCCAAUUUACGAUACUGAUCAUACAUUGAACAAUUUUAACCACUCAAAUGCAUUAUCCAAAUUUCCUCAUUCAUUAAGUGGUAAAAAGAAAAAUAAUAAAAUGCAAUCUAUGUAUGAACUAGAACAAAAUAAAAGACGCAAUGAUACGUCUCAAACUCAUAAUAAUUCAAGACAGUUGUUAAUUGAUGAGAAACAUCAAGAACAAGAAGAGUUAAAAAAUAUUGAUCACCUUAAUUAUGCAUCAAUUAAAAAAUAUGAUAUGCCCAUAAAACAACCCCUUAUUCAUCGUCAACGGAAGAUAUUACCAACGGUUCCUUCUAAAUCUCUUAUGUCUACAAAUGUAAUGCAAAAGAAAGAAAGCUUAUCUUCAGCUAUAAAUAGUAAUUUGAAUAAUACAAAUCUUAAGAACAAAGAUCUUAUGGACAUUCCAAAUCAAAAAACACUUGUCAACCAUGUACGAACAGCUACACUUAUGCCUGUAGAAUCAAAAGAAACAUUUAAAUCAAUGAAAAAUAUUAAAGAUACUCCCAAAGUAAAAGAAUCUUUAAUGGUUACUAAAGAAGACAAACAGAUUCUCGAAAAAAUAAAACCAGAAUUAAUACUUAAUAGUGAUAUCUAUGAAAAACAAAAAUCAAAAUUAAUUCCUAAAACUUUAAAACGGACUGAUAUCGCAAACAUCACAUCAGUGUUUCCUGUUAAUUCGUUAAAAACACACGUGGACUUAACAUCUGAAAAUGCUCGAAGAAGUUUAGAAUCUCCAAUAGACCUUAAUAAGGAAAUACAACAAGAAUUUAUGACUGACCAACAAAAUAAUUUAGCUUUUGAUCAUUUGUUUUCAAACACUCAAAAACAAAAAGAUAAUUUUGAAUAUCAUUCAGCCUUAAGACCUAGUUUAUUUUCUAAUAUGCCACCAUACAUACGAUUUUCUUCACACGAUGUUAAAGGUGAAUCUUUUCCAUUAUCAUUACAAAAAUUAUUAAAGUGGAAAUUAAGUCCUAUAACGCCAAUUGUUGUACGUCGAACUAUUCAAAAUAGUGGUUUUAAGCUCGUAAGAAGUGAGCAUUGUUUAGUUCAAAAUACUGCAACUGAUCCUUCUGCCGUCACUAAUCAAUCUAAUGCAAUUUCUUUACAAAAUCACUGUGGUGUUACACCUCCUAUCGUUGAUGCUUUCUGUGGUGCAGCUCCUCCACCUAAUGAAUUAAUGAUGUUACCUCGAUCACAAUCAAAUGACUGGGUUGGAACUUGGGGUAAACAUAUGAAAUCAUUAUGCUUUAAAACACUUUGGGAACAGCAAAAACUUAACCACUUUCCUGGUACUUUUCAAAUUGGUCGUAAAGAUAGGUUGUGGAGAAACUUGCAACGUUUAAUGUUAAAAUACGGUAAAGAACAUUUUGGCUUUAUACCCACGUCGUAUAUAUUACCCCAAGAAGCCAGAAAUUUACGACAAGUUUGGGAGAAAAAUGAUGAAGAUAAAUGGAUUAUUAAGCCUCCAGCAUCAGCUAGAGGAUCUGGAAUUCGUGUUAUAUCAAAAUGGGCUCAAAUACCAAAGAAAAUGCCUUUAGUUGUACAAAGGUACAUAGAUAAUCCAUAUUUAAUUAAUGACACCAAAUUUGAUUUAAGACUUUAUAUACUUAUCACUUCAAUCAAUCCUCUUCGUCUAUAUCUCUAUGAUAAUGGGCUUGUACGAUUCGCUUCAGUUAAGUAUUCAUCUGACCUUACCACCAUAUGUGAUCGAUAUAUGCAUUUGACCAACUACAGUAUUAAUAGACUUAGUAGUCAAUACACUGAAAAUGAAGAUGCUGAUGCAUGUCAAGGUCAUAAAUGGACAUUACGAUCAUUAUGGACGUACAUGGAAAAAGAACUCAAAAUUGAUGUUAAAAAAUUGUGGAAAGACUUAGAAGACCUAGUAGUAAAAACUGUCAUUAGUGGUGAAUCACCAAUGAAUCAAAUGUGCAAUUCAAAUCUUAAUAAUAGAUAUAAUGCUUAUGAGUUGUUUGGAAUAGAUGUUUUGUUCGAUGAAUAUCUUAAACCAUGGAUAUUAGAGGUUAAUAUAUCUCCUUCAUUGCAUUCGUCUUCUCCGCUUGACUUGGCUGUAAAAGGACCUUUGGUUAAAGACCUAAUGAAUAUGGCUGGUUAUCAUAUCCCAAAUAAAAUGUCUCGUAGUACACAUAAUACUUUACUCAAAAUGUUAGGAGUCAAAUCAACACUAUGUUAUGAUAAGAGAUUAUAUGCAUUCAAUUUAUCUGCUAAAGAAAAAGAAAAACAAGAAUAUUAUACAAAUAUUGAAUCCAGAGCAGAAUAUAUUGAUAGCAUACUAGACGAUUUAUUACCAGAUGAUAUUCGGCAUCUUAUUGCAUAUGAAGAUGAACUUACACAAAUUGGCUCAUUUCAAAAAGUAUUUCCAACCACUUCAUCUUUUAAAUAUCAUCAAUACUUUGAUAGCUCCAGAUAUUAUAAUAUGCUUUUAGAUGCAUGGGAAUGUAAAUAUAGUAAUAACAGAGGAGAAGGUAUUGCUGUGCUAGAAAAAUUAUGUCAGUUAAAAAUCCACCUGGAAGUACCAAAUAUUGAUGAAAAACCAAAGACUAGUGACAUCCACCAAAAUACACAAGUAGAAGUUGAAAAAAUGUUGGAAAAAUCAGCUGGUGAUAAAAUAAGUGAUAUUCUUCAAGCGGUCAUCAGCUAA